GCCCGGCGCCGCCGCGGCGCAUUCCCACGCGCUGCUGCGCGCGCUGGCGCGGGGCUGCGCCCUGGUGGCCGACAGGUACCCCUGGCGCGCCCACGCAGCGCUUACGGAGGCCAAGAACCAAGGCUUCUCGAGGGCGGCCCACCGCUUGCGGGAAAUGCUAACGCUGGACGAGGCCCCGCCGCCGGCGCAGCCGCCGGCAGAGCGCGGCGUGCAGGCAGAGGCGGAGCAACACACGGCCUGCGAAGAGGAGGCGCUGAACAGCGAAGCGGUAGAGGACAUCGACCAGCUCCUCAGCCUCGCGUGCGCCGGGCCGCCCGAGUGGCAGAGCUUCUCCGCCGCCGCCCUCGGCGUCGCGGAGCACGUGGGCUCGCUGGCAGCAGCGCGGGCGCGGACGAAGGUCAUGAACGCGGUGGCCGGCGCGGCGGCCGCCGAGUGCGCCCAGGCGGACGUCCGCGAGGUGCGCGCGCGGCUGGCCGCGAGCGAGGAGGGCCGGCGCGCUGACGUGGCCGCCUUGGAGCAGCGGGUCGAGGGCCUCGAGGCCGACCUGUCCUCGGCGCAGCGGCAGCUCGAGGAGGCGCAGGCGCGAGCCACGGCCGCCGAGCGUGACGUGGCAGAGGCAGCAGAGGCCCGCGCUACCGUGGGGCCUGCGUCUUCGCGCGCGGUGGCUACCGGUGGCGGCCCUGAGGCGGGUGCCUCGCUUGCGAAGCGACGCGUUGCCGGUGGCGUGCCGCACGCCCCGCGCACCCCGCAGGAGUUCAUCGCGGAGCUGAGGCGCGAGCGCCUUGUGGACCUCGAAGAGGACGCGGACCUCCCCGACGAGGUGCGCGACGGCAUCUCCCGCCUCUCGCGCUCGCUGUGCGCCGCGGUGGAGCGCCUGGCAGAGGACCUGUACGAGAGCGAGUGCCACUUCAUCUACGAGCUCGUGCAGAACGCCGAGGACGCCCAUCGGCGCAGCAGCCGGAAGGCCGCGGAGGCGGAGCUCAGGCUCGGGCUGGGCGCCCCUGGCGAGAGUUGGAGGAAUGGAUACUUCGUGAGCGACAGCAACGAGGAGGGCUUCUCACAAGUGGACGUCCGUGCCGUUUGUGAUAUCUCGGCCUCGUCGAAGUCGCGGCCAAGCAGCGGUGGCAACACCAUCGGCUGCAAGGGUAUCGGCUUCAAGUCCGUCUUCACCGUGAGCGACCGGCCUCACGUGCUAUCGCGUGGCUUCACUUUCGUCUUCGACGUCGCCGGGCCGCUGGGCAAGCUCGGCUACGUCACGCCCACGUGGCUGGCGCCAGAGCAGAUCGCGGCCCUCCCGGAAGAGGUCCGCCUGGCGCACGCCGCGGGUCGGACGGUGCUCUUCCUGCCGCUGAAGCGGCCAGGGCUGUCGGCGGCCAUCGAGAGAGAGAUGGAGGAGCUGUCCGGCCCAGGCCGCGCGACGCUGCUGUUCCUACGCCAGCUGCAGAGGCCGGCUGCGCGCGUGAAUUCCCGCGUCCCAGACAGGCAUCUCGAGGCGGCCCGUGUCUAUCUUGUUGGGAGCCUCUGGAUGCCAGUCGAAGAAGAAAUUAUCCGGCCGAAGGGCCCAACCAUAUGCAAGUGUGUGUGUACCGCAAGGCAGGUGGGACGAAGCAGGGGGAGAUCCUUAUAG